UGCCAACAUGGAGGAAUAGGGCUCCCGUAGUCUACUGUUUUUAGAAGUAGCGCGUGCAGUGCGUUUAGUGAAAAUGGAAGUUUUAGAUUCUAAGCAGCGGAGGGGAAAACGUGAUUUUUAAACCGUGGAUAUGAAUUUAUUUCGACAUUGGUGCUCGCUUAUUUCUGGACAAAAUGCGUAGAAUUAUCAACAUAAAGACGGUCAGGUGGUAUAAGAAAAACUCUUUUACGCGUAGCUUUUAUAAAUUUGACAAAACGGCAUGCGUAUUUUACAAUAGUUUUUAAUUGAAUUGAUGUAGUGCAACUAUUGGCUGCGGAGAAGGUAGCUGCCCCCGCGUGCAUCUCCAAAAGGCUCCUCCCCUCGCGCUACAUUAAGCUGCUGUGGUUAGACAAGAACUAUAAGAGCCGCCGAUCAAAGUGGUCCAACCCAGAACCUAACCUGAUCCGAGACUUGAGUAAAGGGGGGAGUGAGAACAACCAACAGAGUGUCGCUGGUUGUGGACGCCCUCUUCUCUUUUUGGGACCCCCUCAUAUUGAACCAUGCAGCUUGAAAACAUCCUCCCCAGCGCGAGCAUCAACUUGCCUAAAACCUUUUACAACCUGUCGUCUUCGGACAGCGCUAACACCAGUCCCAGGCCGUCGUCUCAGCUCGAGUACCAAGACGUGGACCGCAGCGAGUCCGAGUCCAGCGGAGGUGCAGCUAAGAAGUACCUGGGAAACGGGAUGUUGGGGGGCGAGACGACAGAGGGGGAGACCGUGAGGAAAGGCUCCCCUGUUUUGGGAGAGGAUGACUUGGCCAGCACCAGGCGCUACAACAUCGAUGAUUUGGGCACUGAUAGAUAUUUCCUCUCGUCGUCUGCUCAGGCCGGUUCUGACAUGGCGAAUCCGUGCUCUCUGUUCCCAUACACUGGCCAGACGGGUUACUCUGGCUCCAGCGCGUCCAGGUACCCCGCUUCUCUCCACUACGGCUCCGUGUUGCCUCCAGCCGGCUUCUCCUCUUCCUCGGUUUGCAGCAGCAGAGGCCAGUUCAGCGGAGGCGGGUAUCAGUUUAGUCAGGGUCCGGGCUGUUUGUACCCGUCCUACCCGUCCACAGGCACCGGGAUAGGCUCCAUGUCGCUCACCGGAGGCAGCGCCGGAGCCAGAGCUCAGGUGUAUCUGUGCAACCGGCCGCUGUGGCUCAAGUUCCACCGACACCAGACAGAGAUGAUCAUCACCAAACAGGGCAGGCGCAUGUUUCCGUUUCUCAGUUUCAACAUUACGGGCCUGAACCUUACCGCCCACUACAAUGUGUUUGUGGAGAUCGUUUUGGCGGACCCAAAUCACUGGCGCUUUCAGGGAGGCAAGUGGGUCACCUGCGGGAAAGCGGAUAAUAAUAUGCAAGGGAACAAAAUGUAUGUUCAUCCUGAAUCCCCGAACACUGGUGCUCACUGGAUGAGACAAGAGAUCUCAUUUGGGAAACUGAAGCUGACCAACAAUAAAGGCGCCAAUAACAACAACACACAGAUGAUAGUUCUGCAGUCUCUUCACAAGUACCAGCCACGACUUCACAUCGUGGAGGUGACGGAGGACGGCGUGGAAGACAUGAGCAACGAGUCUCGCACACAGACCUUCACCUUCCCAGAAAACCAGUUCAUUGCCGUCACCGCCUACCAGAACACGGAUAUCACACAGCUCAAAAUAGACCACAACCCGUUUGCAAAAGGCUUCCGGGACAACUAUGACUCGAUGUACACUGCCCCAGAGAGUGACCGGCUGACCCCCUCUCCUACAGACUCUCCUCGCUCCACUCAGAUCGUGCCCGGUGCCCGCUACGCCAUGCAGCCCUUCUUCCAGGACCAGUUCGUCAACAACCUCCCCCAAAACCGCUUUUACACCAGCGAGCGAGCCGUGCCCCAGACCAACAGCCUCCUCUCUCCGCAGACUGAAGACUCCUCCGCCGCAGCCUCCGCCCAGCGCUGGUUUGUGUCGCCGCAGCAACCUGGCGCAAACAAGCUAGACCUCUCCUAUGAAAAUGACUAUUCCACUAGCUCCUUGCUGUCCUACGGCAUCAAACCUCUGUCCCUGCAGACGUCGCACGCGCUUGGCUACUACCCAGACUCCGCCUUUGCAUCAAUGGCGGCGGGAUGGGGCACAAGAAGCUCUUAUCAACGUAAAGUGACCACCGGACUGCCCUGGUCACCCCGCCCUAGUCCGCCAGCGUUUCCGGAUGAACAGCUAGCGGGAGCUCAGACAAAAGACAAGCUGCCAGAGGAAACCAGCGCUCCCCCGGCCUCCACCUGGAUCGAAACUUCCCAUACUCUCAAAUCCGUGGACUCUAGUGAUUACUCUAUGGCCUGCAAGAGGCGUCGAAUGUCCCCCGGAAGCUCCAGCACUGAAAACUCCCCCACCAUCAAAUGUGAAGACUUGACCACAGACGAAUACAACAAGGACAACCCAAAAGGCAUGGGCUAUUAUGCAUUCUACACAAGCCCCUAAGACUAUUUAUUUAAGAAAACAAACAAAUAUACAUUUUUUGGUUUUAAUAUAAUUGAUGAUGAUAUUGAGUGCUCUCCAUUCCUUGUUAAUGUCUUUUUUUCUCUUUUCUCUAAAGGUGCCAAAGCUUAGUGUUCCCCUUCCCAGGCAAGCUGCACAAGGUUAAAACCCCUGCAGGCCACGCCCCCUCUCACAUGAGCAGAAAUAGUGA